AACCUAUGUCAAUAGUCACUGCUGGAGUUAAUCAUGCCCCCGGCUGUGCGCAGGCGCGAUGCCCGCCCGGGCUAUAGUGAAAUGUGAUGGUGCUUGGAGACUGAGUUCAGAGGGAAACCGAGAGGAAGAGAGUCCAGACUCACCAUCAGCCCCCAUCGCAAAAAGUCUGCAAACCCUGCUCUUCACACCUCCCAGCACCCGCCGUCCCCCUAAAACAAACCUUGCCUGGCGGAGUAUGCAGUCGGCAGUCAGCGAGAAGUUGGGAAGUUAUUCUUAACUCGCCUGAAUGAUGCGCUCCUGACGCUCUGGAUUAAAACACAGUGAUUUAUUUAAGACGUGACUAUUGCCCAUCGCUGCAACUGUUGGAAAGUUUGGAACCCCCCGUGUUACCGACGUCGGCGGGUGCUCUUGCCCAGCCCCCCUGCUCCAGGACUGCGCACCUUCCUAGAGAAAUGGGAAGCAAGACUUUGCCUGCCCCAAUCCCCCUUCACCCCCCGCUGCAGUUGACCAACUAUUCCUUCUUGCAAGCUGUGAACACGUUUCCGUCGGCCGUGGAUCAUCUUCAAGGUCUGUACGGACUUAGCACGGUUCAAACCAUGCACAUGAACCAGUGGACACUGGGCUACCCGCACUUGCACGGAAUCGCCAGGUCUACCUUCACGGAGAUGGCGGCCGCUCAGCGGUUCAUGGACGGACGUUUCCCGUUUCCAGCGCUGCCUUUCAGCACGCACGUCUUCCACCCAAAACAAGGGACAGUCGCUCACAUCAUCCCCUCCCUGCAGAAAGACCGGCCCCGCUUUGACUUUGCCAACUUGGCUCUGGCGGCCACGCAGGAAGACCCGCCAAAGUCCGGAGACUUCCCCAAACUGAGUCCCGGUAUAGCAGCGUCGCACGGGGAAGUGGGGAAACUGACCCUGGACAGAAAACCUUCCAGGGGGAGACUACCGUCCAAGACCAAAAAGGAGUUCAUCUGCAAAUUCUGCGGGCGGCAUUUUACCAAAUCCUACAAUCUUCUCAUACACGAGAGGACCCACACGGACGAGAGACCUUACACUUGUGAUAUUUGCCACAAGGCGUUCAGAAGACAAGAUCACCUGCGGGACCACAGAUAUAUUCAUUCCAAAGAAAAACCUUUCAAGUGCCAGGAGUGUGGGAAAGGAUUUUGUCAGUCAAGGACUUUAGCAGUACACAAAACGUUACAUAUGCAGGAAUCUCCUCACAAAUGUCCCACGUGCGGAAGAACCUUUAAUCAGAGAAGUAACCUGAAAACUCACCUUCUUACCCAUACAGACAUCAAGCCUUACAAUUGUGAGCAGUGCGGCAAAGUGUUCCGGCGCAACUGUGACCUGCGGCGACAUAGCCUAACCCAUACACCCCGGGCAGAAUAUUGAGCGAGUCGACAACCAAGCCACUCCGCGUUACUUGAAUUUGCUGUGAAUACCUGUACAAAAAUAAAUGAAUAAAUAAAUAGCCCCCGCCCCCCAAAAAAGUACAAGCAAUAAUCGCACUCACGCAAUUCAAUUGUUUUAUACAUAUUACGGUUCGAAAAAGAGCUUUCAAAAAUGUGUAUAUAAAAUGUUUUUUUUACUGUUAUAUUUCCAAUCAGCAAACGAGAAAAAAUGGAAAGCAUGUGAAUAAUAAAAAAAUAAAUUUCUUUUAUCAUUAA